AUGGAUCUUCUCGGCUUUAUCGAAAGAAUUGGAGAUGAUCCCCCAGAUCCUCCCAAAGUGGCUGUCAGCUAUCAUCAAACAAUCCACGUGGAUUCAGAAUUUCUAGAAUGGCCGAAUUCUGAAGCGGAAUCUGCAGAUUUCUCGGCUCCAGAAGCGCCACCUAGUCUUCCACAAGUUCCAUCGACUUCUGGAAGUUCUGGAAGCAUUUUUCAGCCGAUUUCUGAUACGCUUUUGGUCUACUUUCCAGACACUUUUGAGACAAUAACCCAAAAUUUGCUGGAAAUGCUGUCAUCGACGCGUUCCGACAACGAUAUCCAAAGCGAACUGAUCGAGCUACUCGGUUUCGAAUUAUUCGAAUUGGCGGGCGAUAUUUUGGAGAAACGAAACAAAAUUGUCUACGAAAUCAAGACGAAAGCGUUGGCGUUGGCUGAGGAAGCCAAACAGAACAAGGCAAAACCAUCAGUACCUGGAUUUCUGCAAACUGUCAGUGUCCAAUCGACGUCACAAAAUGAGAAACGGCGAGAAAUGCGGAAAGAGGAAAAACGAACGAGAAGAGAGUUGAAUCGAGUGAUACAUGCGUUUGGGGAUGAGGAGAAGUUGGAGCUGGAAUUGGCAAAAAAGGAAAUACAGCGUCAACGUCAACUGGAAAUCGAUUCAAUGAAAUGGAAACCAUCAAUUCAAAGCGGCCAGCGAGUCGAAGAAAUCUAUCCCUACGUUUUUGAUGCUCGAAUUCAAUCUGGCCACACGAUUUUCGAUAUCAAUGGAAUGAAAUUUGCGCUUCCAGAAGGUUCCAGAAGAGACACUUUUAAGACGCAUGAAAGUGUUUUGGUACCACCAUCGAAUAAAGGAGAUAUUGACAAAAUUCAAAUUGUUUAUAUUAAAGAUAUGGACGAAUUGGGACAGAAGGGGUUUAAGGGUUUCGAAAAGCUGAACGUGAUCCAAUCGAUCGUAUUCGAACAAGCGUACAAAACCAAAGAGAAUCUUCUGAUUUGUGCACCGACUGGAGCCGGAAAAACGAACAUCGCAAUGUUGACAAUUUUGAAUACAAUUCAUGAGCAUCAGAAUUCGAGAGGAGAAAUUAUGAAGGACGACUUUAAGAUUAUCUAUAUUGCACCUAUGAAAGCGUUGGCAACUGAAAUGACCGAAUCGUUCGGGAAGAGAUUGGCACCGUUGGGAUUGAAGGUGAAAGAGUUGACCGGAGACACUCAACUGUCUCGAAAUGAAGUGGCCGACACCCAGAUGCUAGUGUUAACACCCGAGAAAUGGGAUGUAAUCACUCGAAAAUCAUCCAGUGAUAACUCCAUAAUCAACACAGUCCGCCUACUAAUCAUCGAUGAAGUUCAUUUGCUACACGACGAAAGAGGUCCAGUUAUUGAGACAUUGGUUGCGAGAACACUUCGACAGGUUGAAAUGUCACAGUCUGGAAUUCGAAUUGUUGGAUUAUCAGCUACGUUGCCCAAUUAUAUUGAUGUCGCUCGAUUUUUGAGAGUUAAUCCUUAUAAGGGACUGUUCUUUUUCGAUGGCAGAUUCCGACCGGUGCCGUUGACACAGAAAUUCAUUGGCACCCGAAAAGCAGGCAACUUCCGUGACAACCAAACACUAAUGGACAAUGUUUGUUAUGAUGAAGUAGUGGAUUUUGUAAAGCGAGGACAUCAAGUGCUGGUUUUUGUACAUACUAGAAAUGGAACAGCGAAGCUUGGAGAGGCUUUCUGUGCGAGAGCAUCAGUUCUCGGCCAAAUGGAUCUGUUCCUACCGAAAAACAAGGAAUCGAGUAAAUAUGUGCAAGCGGACAAAGCGAUCAAUAUAUGCCGAAAUCGUGCUCAAAUAUCACCACUUUUUCAACGUGGAUUCGGAAUCCACCAUGCUGGAUUAUGUCGUCAGGAUAGGAUUCUGAUGGAACGAUGUUUUGCUGAAGGACAUGUUUCUGUUCUUUUCUGUACGGCCACACUCGCAUGGGGUGUCAAUUUACCAGCUCAUGCGGUUGUCAUUAAGGGAACAGACGUGUUCGAUGCGGAAAAAGGAGUGUUCACCGAUUUGGGCGUUCUCGACGUUCAACAAAUUUUCGGUCGCGCCGGUCGCCCGCAAUUCGAAAACGAGGGACAUGGAAUCAUCAUAACGACGAGAGAUAAAAUUGAUAAAUAUCUGACGAUGCUGGUCCAUCAGAAUCCGAUUGAAUCCAACUUCUACGCACGUCUUCAUGAUAAUUUGAAUGCUGAGGUGGCACUGGGUACAGUAUCCACAAUUGAUGAGGGUGUCGAAUGGUUGACGUAUACUUACAUGUAUACCAGAGCUAUUAAGAACCCAAUGGCUUAUGGUAUCGCUUAUAAUGCCAUAGAACGAGAUCCAAAUCUACGUGAUCACUUUGGAAAUGUAAUUCGAGAAGCGGCGAUUCAAUUGGAUCAGAAUAAAAUGAUUCGAUAUGAUAUGGCAACCGAAUACCUGAAUUCGACGGAUUUGGGACGAAUCGCAUCGAAUUUUUAUGUGAAAUACGAGACGAUUCAAUUGUUGAAUGAAGCAGAAAAAGGCGUUGGACUACCGGUCGCAUUUACGUCUUUUAUGCCGGAUGAUAUGGUUUUGGGUCUGGUUUCAAUGGCAACGGAAUUCGCGAAUAUUAAGUGUCGCGAAGAGGAAAUCAACGAUUUGGAAGAGCUAAUGAGUUUCGGAUGCAUUCUUCCAGUACGUGCCGGUGGUUUGGCAAGUGUUGCUGGCAAAGUCAAUGUCCUUCUUCAAUCUUUAAUCUCUCGAACUCAAACUCGUAAUUCUGCACUAAUGUCUGAGCAAUUGUAUGUCCAACAGAACGCUGGACGUCUGUGUCGAGCAAUGUUCGAAAUGGUUCUUAAAAAUGGGUGGAGCCAGGCGGCCAACGCAUUUUUGGGAGUUGCCAAGUGUGUUGAGAAGCAGAUGUGGUUGAAUCAGUGCUCAUUGAGACAGUUUAUACAGAUCAUCAACAUUCCAAUCACCUGGAUCGAGAAAAUCGAGCGGAAGAAAGCGAGAGAAUCGGAUCUCCUAGAAUUGUCUCCAAAAGAUUUGGGAUACAUGUUCAGUUGCGAUGGAGAACGACUCUAUACGUAUUUGAGAUAUUUGCCACGGAUGGAUGUCGAAGCGAGAUUUAAGCCAAUCACCUACACCAUCGUUCAAGUGGAAGUAACCCUGACCCCCGCAUUCAUUUGGAACGACGCCAUUCACGGCAAAUCGGGACUCCAAUCGUUCUAUCUCGUCCUGGAGAACAUCAAUGAGAAUUUGAUCAUCCAUCAAGAACGAAUUGGAAUCGGAAAGAUGAAAGUGUCGAAAUGCGAACCCCAACAUAUCAUUUUCACUAUCCCCAUAGUCGACUGUCAACUGACAAACAACUUCCAGCUACGCGUCGCUUCUGAAUACUUUGUCACAGAAGACGUCGUCGUCCCGAUGAGUCUUCAUAAUUGUAUCCUUCCAAAGUCGUUCAAAUCGCAUACGGAUCUUUUGGAUUUGGAACCCCUGCCGAUUAAAACGUUGAAAAAUGUGCAUUUUGAAGCGAUUUAUGGAUUCGACUACUUCAAUCCGAUUCAGGCGCAAGUGUUCUUUAGCUUGUACAAAACUGAUAAAUCGGCACUGAUUGGAGCACCGACGGGAUCCGGAAAAACGCUUUGUGCAGAGUUGGCAAUGUUUCGAUUGUUACAGGACCACCCUGGUAUGAAAGUCGUCUACAUUGCUCCACUGAAAUCUCUGGUCCGCGAACGUGUCGACGAUUGGAAGAAGAAAUUUGAAGUCGGAAUGGGCUAUCGCGUAGUCGAGGUGUCUGGCGACGUCACACCGGAUCCAGAAGAGCUCUCGGCGUCCUCAAUACUCAUCACGACCCCAGAGAAAUGGGAUGGAAUAUCCAGAUCGUGGGCAACAAGAGAAUACGUCAGACGUGUUGGGCUUAUCGUCCUUGAUGAGGUUCAUCUCCUUGGUGUUGAUCGUGGAGCUGUCCUCGAAGCCAUCGUAUCCCGUCUGAAGAUGAUUACCAGAAGAAGUCACACACGCGACGAACCCGUACGUCUUCUAGGUCUCUCCACAGCUCUGGCGAAUGCUGGUGACGUGGCAGAAUGGUUAGGAAUUCCUGACGAAGCCUGCUACAACUUUCGACCUUCGGUUCGCCCGGUUCCGAUUUCAGUUCACAUUCAAGGCUUCCCAGGACAACACUAUUGUCCGCGGAUGGCGCUGAUGAAUAAGCCAGCGUACAAAGCGAUUCUGACGUAUUCUCCGAGAAAGCCUGUGCUGAUUUUUGUGUCUUCGAGACGACAGACAAGACUGACGGCGUUGGCAUUCGUGAAUUUGUUGAUUGCCGAUCACAAUCCGAAGCAGUGGUUGAAUAUGGAGAUGUUGGAGUUGGAGGUGUUGAUGGCGUCGAUUAAAGAUGAGAAUCUAAAACUGACGCUUCCAUUCGGCAUCGGAAUGCACCACGCCGGUCUCUCGGCUCACGAGCGUGCAAUCGUUGAGCAGCUUUUCAUUGAGAAGAAGAUUCAAGUGCUCAUCGCCACUGCCACGUUGGCAUGGGGUAUCAAUUGUCCCGCCCAUUUGGUCAUUGUCAAGGGAACCGAAUAUUUCGACGGAAAGAAGGGGAAAUAUGUGGAUUUUCCGGUUACAGACGUUCUCCAAAUGAUGGGUCGUGCCGGCCGUCCGCAAUUCGACGAUUCAGCAGUCGCCGUGAUCUAUGUUCAAGACUCGAAAAAAACGUUCUACAAGAAAUUCCUCUACGAACCAUUCCCCGUCGAAUCCUCCCUUCUUCCAGUGCUUCCCAACCACGUAAAUGCUGAAAUUUCAGCCGGAACAAUUGAUUCAAAGCAGGGAAUUGUUGAGUAUCUAUCAGGAACCUAUCUCUAUCGAAGACUAUUUGCCAAUCCCAAUUAUUAUGGUCUAGAUGAAGAUUCCGAAGAAUCAAUGCUCAAAUUCAUUUCUCAAAUCGUCGAUGGCUCUGUUUCGGAGCUCCUCGAAUCGGAAUGUAUCCACGUGGAUUCGGAGAAUGACAUCAUCGGACCGACGGCGUUUGGUAGAAUCGCAUCGGUUUAUUAUUUGCAACACGAAACGAUUCGAUUCUUGGUGAAGACGUUGCAUUCGGGAUGUACUGUUGAACAGAUGUUGAAGGCGUUGACAGAUGUGCCGGAGUAUGCGGAGAUUCCGGUUCGACACAAUGAGGAUUUGAUUAAUACCGAGUUGCAGAAAAAGCUGCGAGUCCGUUUCUCAACAUCAGUAAUGGGAACAUCGGCAUGUAAAGCACACCUUCUAUUCCAAGCUCAUUUCAUGCGAACCCUUCUCCCAACCGAUUACCGGACCGAUUUGAAGAGUGUUCUGGAUCAGUGUAUUCGCAUUUUGCAAGCGAUGAGAGAAAUGGCAAGACUCAAAAAUUGGUUGAGUGCAACUAUGAAUAUUGUCUUGUUGCAACAAAUGUGUCAUUCUGCUAGAUGGCACGACGAUCAUCCCCUUCUAUGCCUUCCUCAUCUAAAUUACGAAGACGCUCGUUCUCUCGGCGAUCAUCUAACGAUUCCACAACUUCAGAAUCUUCUUGAAGUCGAGAAAUCCACGUCGUCAGAAGACGUGAAACUUCAGAAGCGCGCCUUUAAAAUGUUCCGAGAAUGCACGAGGCUGGAUGAGACACAAAUGAAAGAAGUGCUGAAGGCGUUGUGUCACUGGCCAAUUGUGAAUGUGAGAACGAUGCAGUUUGUGGAUUCAGAAGGAGGGAUUCUGGAUUUGGAGGAGGAGAGAGAAGUUAGAGUCAAAGCUGGUGAUGUGUACAAAUUGAGAAUUGUCAUGGAGAGAAUGGGUCCGGCGAAGAACAACUCUCAAAUGCACCUCCCACAAUGGCCAAAACCCAAACAAGCCGGAUGGAUUAUCAUUGUCGGCCGUGAAUUCAACGAUCAAAUUCUGAAUACCACUACCGUCGUCGGGUCGCAUUCGACACGUUCAACGGCUAAAUUGGAUAUCAGAAUUCCAGCGAAUAGCUUAAAUUUGCGUAUUUCAAUGAUAAAAAUGUUCAGAGGAAAACAUUCGCUUUCCGUUUACAUUCUCAGCGAUUGCUAUCUGGGAAUCGACCAAGAGUACACACUUCGACUGGAUGUUUCUUAA